CUCCCUUUAUUUUUUAUGUCAUCUUUAUUGUCAUUUGUCUCCUAACGUCCCAAACUUUUUUUGUCCAAAAUGAGAUGUAUUGAAUUAAAAAAGGCCUCACGCGGUGUUUUUGAUUAUCAUUCUUUUUAAAUGAGGGUGUAGUGUUUUUAAAUAGUGUAUGGGUGAAUAAAGGUAAGUCACCAAAUAAGGAAGUAUUUUCAGUGAUUAAAAUCGAGGCCGAAAAUACGCAAAAAGUUGAAAAUUGUAAACAACCAAUGCAAGUGUUGAUGAAUUCUUUUAGCUCGACAUAGAUACAGUUUUUUAUUUUCUGUUUUAUCAAAAUGCGGUGGAUAGCUCAUAUCGAAGGGUGCCCUAAACGUGUUAAUCAUGCAGCUGUUGCAGUCAAUCACAAGAUAUAUUCUUUUGGUGGCUAUUCAACUGGGGAGGAUUGCAGAGGAUACACCUCAAUGGAUGUGCAUGUUUUAAACACUCACACAAAUAGAUGGGUAAAGCAUCCUGUUAGUGAUCUUCCUUAUUUUGAAAACGAUGAUAUUUUGCCAUAUCGAAGGUAUGGGCAUACAGCUGUUGUUUAUAAAGAUAACAUUUACGUAUGGGGAGGAAGGAAUGACCGCUCAUCCUGCUCUGUUCUCUUUAAAUUUGAUACAUUUUGGCAUUGCUGGAUGGCCCCACCAACAACAGGAUCGGUACCGUUAGCCAGAGACGGUCAUACAGCCUGUGUUUGGAAAAAUUACAUGUUUAUUAUUGGAGGUUACGAAGAAGAAACAGAUCUUUUUGCAAAGCAAGUUUUUUACUUAGAUUUAGAUAGUUUACAUUGGAGUUACAUUGUGUGUGGAGGUUAUGAACCAACCCUUCGAGAUUUCCACACUACAGUUUGUAUAGAUGAUAAAAUUUAUCUAUUUGGUGGCAGAGGCGCAAUGUUAACAACAAAUUUUCAAGGGAUUCAAGCACCAUUGGAAACCUAUUGCAAUAAUGUGUGGUAUUUGGAUAUGAAAACCUUAAAUUGGCACUGCUGUAAAGCCACUGGGGACAUUCCUGUAGGUAGAAGAAGUAAUUCAGCUUUCGUGCACAACAACAAAAUGUACAUUUUCGGCGGGUUCAAUUCGGUGAAAGCGAAGCACUACAACGAUCUGUACAUGUUCGAUCCGGAGACUUGCGUCUGGACCAGACUGAGCCCUAAAGGGAAGAGUCCAUGCGAGAGGAGAAGACAGGCCUGUGCCAAAGUUGGCGAUAAGAUUUUCAUUUUUGGUGGAACCAGUCCUCACAUUAGCAGGGGGGAUGGAGAAGAUCUAGGAGAGGCAGGUUUGGACGGAUUGGUUGAUCAUAGCGAUAUGUUUAUUUUAGAUUUGAAUCCUUCUUUAAAGACAUUGUGUAUGAUGGCCGUGAGGGAACAUAACCUGGACGAUUCGCAGUUACCACAGAGCUUAAGGCUAGAAUUGAUGAAUAUGCAUCUACCGAAUAAAAUUACAAUGAGCAGACCAAGCAACUCAGCUGGUUAAGUACAACGCAGAAAAGGAGCCAGUACGCUAAAGAAUAUAUUAUAGUCGUUUGCUAGGCGACACUUGGACAUUUAGCGAAGAAAUACAAAAUAACACUUACCCCUAACAUGUUCCAUUCAUUUUUAUAAAUUAAAAUUGACAAAAAACAAUA